AUGGAUCCCGAAGGCAACAGUAAACACGCCAUCCUGGAGCGCUUGCUGGCUGACAAAUAUGCAGAGCCCAUGAAACUGCCGUUUUCACUCUUGGAGGACAUCACGAAUGGUUUCUCUCCUGAUCAUCGAAUCGGCAUAGGAGGGUUUGCGGUGGUUUAUAAGGGGGUGGUUGGAAAAUACACGGUCGCUGUCAAGAAGCUAUCCAACACAUACAAUAUCCGCGAGAAUAAAUUCCACCAAGAGGUUAAAUGCUUGAUGAAGGCUAAGCAUGAGAACAUAGUACGUUUCUUGGGGUACUGCGCUGAGACACAAGGGGAAAUGGAAGACUACGAGGGAAAGCUUGUCAUGUCAGAUCAACGAAACUGGCUACUUUGCUCUGAGCAUGUGCCCAACGGGAGCCUUGAUAAGCAUAUUGCCGAUGUAUCUACUGGACUUGAAUGGAGAGAGCGCUAUCGAAUAAUCAGGGGAAUAUGCGAGGGGCUACAUUAUCUUCAUCAGAAGUGCAUUCUUCAUUUGGACCUCAAGCCCGCUAAUAUACUGUUAGAUGAUCACAUGGUACCUAAAAUUACUGAUUUUGGUCUAUCAAGGUGUUUCGAGGAAGGGCAAACAAGUGCAUUCACUGAACAAAUAUUUCUAUCACGAGGAUAUUUUGCUCCGGAACUACUGAGAGGACAAAUCACAUAUAAGUUAGACAUAUUUAGCCUAGGCGCCAUAAUCAUGGAGAUACUGAUAGGAGAGAAGAGUUAUCCCGAAGAUGAGAAGGUAGUUGCCAGUUGGAUGAAUCAGGUAGUUGCAAGUUGGAUGGAUCGACUGGAGGCAUUAGAGGGAGAUACACAGUUGGAACAAGUAAGAGUAUGCACUAAGAUAGGGAUAGAAUGUUUGGACUUGAACCCGAAGAAGAGACCAGAUGCAGGGGACAUAAUCGAUAGGCUUGAUAAAACAGGAAGUGUGGACUAUUCAGACAAAAUUGGUAUCAGCAGUUCAUCAUCUGAGCAGAGUCACAAGAAGGUCAAGCCUGCAGACCUUAUCCAAGAGGAUGAAAAGGUAAACUGGAGAUCAUUCAACGUUGAUGGUCUAAACAAGUUCACAGAGGUUGAGAUUAAAAGGAUCACUGACAACUAUAGCACUCUCAUUAGCAAAAGUGGCUCCGCAGAAGUUUACCAUGGUGUUCUUGAAGAUGGUAGUUCUGUUGCAGUCAAGAUUCCACUCCCAGAUAUGAAGGAACAUUUUGCUAAAGGAAUAAUCAUACAUUGCCAAAUCAACCACAAGAACGUUGUUAGGCUCUUGGGCUACUGUUCAGAGGAAAACGUUUUAAUGAUGAUCACCGAAUACACCUCUGGAGGAAACCUCAGAGAUGUUCUUGAUUCCAGAGAAUAUCCCAUUUCUUUAGAUGCAAGGUUGGGUAUUGCUCUAGACUGUGCAGAGGUGUUAAGCUACACGCAUUCUUCCAUGUGUCCACCAAUCAUUCACGGUGAUUUCAAGCCAGGUAACAUCCUUUUAGAUGAUAACUUUGGUGCGAAAUUAUUCGACUUCGAGAUAUCCAGAAUGUUUUCCAAGGACAGCACUCAAUACACAGUGAAUGUGAUAGGCAGCAUAGGUUACAUGGAUCCGUUGUUUGCUAAGACUGGGUACAUCGAUCCGAAGAGUGAUGUUUACAGUUUUGGGAUCGUAUUGGUAGAACUAGUCACCAGAAAAAAGGUAUAUGAAAAUGGUACAAUUACUGACCUCAUAGAAACUUUCAUCCUAGCUGUUCAAAAAGGAAAGAAGGCAAGAGAGAUGUUCGAUGCUGAUAUAGCACAGUCGAGCAACAUUAAGGUUCUUGACAAGAUUGUAAAUCUAGCAGCUGAGUGCCUCAGAAUGGAGAUGAGCAAACGCCCUCAAAUGGAAGAUGUUGCAGAACGUCUUCGGAUGCUAAUAAAAGCUCGUUGCCAGCCGGGUGAAGAAAAAACUGCAGGUCACUGGACAUUGUGGGGAAAACAAGACAACAACACAACACAAAGCGAAAGGAUUUCCAGCUCUAACUCUACCGUGUUCUUCAACUUGAACAGUUUGGGCAUCUUCAGUAGGAAUGCGCACACGAAUUUCAAAAGGAAUGGAGGUCCAGUACUGCAGAAUGUCAAGGGACUACACAUUUUCACAAAAAGUGAACUAAGAAAAAUCACCAACAACAACUCAGAGUUUCUUUCAAUCGGAAGCUUUGGUAAAGUCUGCAAAGGAACCCUUCCUGACAACAUCGCAGUGGCAGUUAUGUCCUCUGUCAAAGUAACUGAAUCUAUAAAAGAGCAGUUUAUCAAGCAACUCGAGAUCCAGACACAUAUGAUGCACGUGAAUAUUCUCAGCCUCAUCGGUUGCUGCCUGGAGGUGGAUGUUCCAAUGUUGGUGUAUGAGUUUGCCGGCAAAGGAAGUCUUCAAGACAUUCUUCAUGGCAACAGCAGAAACCAAAAGCUCCCCUUAGACCUGCGUCUGGAUAUUGCAAUUGGAACUGCACAAGGUUUAACAUAUAUGCACUCCUACGGAGAUCAAGCCAUACGGCACGGUGAUGUCAAACCGGACAACAUACUUCUGGAUGACAAGUUCGUACCAAAAAUCUCGGAUUUCGGGUUAUGGAAGGUGCUUAGAGAGGAAUAUUAUUUCGGCAAGAUUGUAGCUGGGGACAUGGCCUACGUUGACCCGGUGUUCCUUAAAACCGGGCAACUGACAGAAAAAAGCGACGUCUACAGCUUUGGGGCGAUUCUCUUAGAACUCAUUACCAGGAAGCGAAGUGUAUAUGAUGAAUACUGUAGCCUCAUUUUGGAGUUCCGUAAAGUCUGUGAGAAAGAAAAGAGCGGUAGGGCGAUGUUUGACGAGGAGAUCGCAACUCAAGAAGAAGAUAUCUAUUGCCUGGAAGAAACUGGCAAGCUGGCAAUUGAGUGCCUAAAAGAAGAUGUAGAAGAUCGGCCCGACAUGGCGGCGGUAGUCGAGCGACUAGUAAUGCUUAAAAUGGAUAGGAUGCUUAAGAGUUAG